AUGAUGGAAGGAGCAACAGUCGAUUUGGGACCAGCUAAAGAUGUUCCACAAUCUGACGAUAUCACACGGCCUAAUCCUCAACCAAAGGUUUUCUGAUUUUGUGCCGUUAAUCACAUUUUUAGCGGGGCGAAUUGAACAAAAUACGUUGGUUUAAUCAAAUUGAACUUUUGAUUUCAGGAGAAGAAGAAGCUUCAAUUCCACAUGGCGAACAAAGUGAAAAUCAUCCCAACAAACCGUCAAGGACAACUUAAUACUGGAUAUUUGGCAACUCUUGGAGGAGUUUUGAAAAUUGCUGAAAUUGUGAGAAACUUCACUUUUUGAUAAUUUCGAAUUGAAUUUUUUCCAGAUUCUUUCAUUCAUCGCAUUCGUUCUCGCAAUUUGCGCAGAUCGUCGAACAACAACAGCCGCUUGGACUGAACACAUCUCAUUUGAAACUUUAUUGGUUGUCAGUGGAUUAUUGAUCGGUUAUGUUAUCUUUCCACAUUUGACAAUUAAAGAUGAAGCAACAAGAGAAGGUUUAAUUGUUGUUGUAAGUUGAAACAGCGCGCGCUUCAAUACAAAAUCAAUUGUAUUUAGGAACUCAUCUUCUAUGGAAUCAACACACUUCUUUAUUUCAUCUCAAUCUGGCUUAUGGUUCAUUUAUCUGCGAGUUGGGGAACUGAUGGACGUGGUGCAGCUAUUAUGACUGCUGUUAUUUGUGUUGCCCUCACUGUUUUGUUUGCAAUUGAAACAUUUGUUAAACUGAAGGCUUGGAGAGGAGAAAACGAACCACAAACUGUUAUCAGCACCGGAAAUCAGGCAUAA